UUUCAAAAUUUCUGGAAAAAUUAUUGAACUUUAUUUGUGUUGUGCCUGACUUAAAAAUUUCCAAAAAUAUAAGCUACUAACAUGGUCAAAAUAGCUUUACAAAUAAAAGCUUCCUUGGAGUGUAUUGAGAAGCUGUAUACGAACCACCCCCAUUAUCAGUGGUUCCUAAAAUUGAAAUGCGGCAGCUGUGGAGAAGUCUCUGAAAAGUUCCACGACCUAACAGAAGCAGAUAAAGUUCCACAGAAGCACAAUAGAUCGGAGACAAAUUUAUUAAUAAAAUGUAAACUAUGUUCACGAGAAAACAGUAUCGACGUGAUCGAGGGAAGUAAUGGGGCGCUCACUAAUAAUGACACCAACAAGUUCAAGACAAUUGUCAUAUUUGACUGUAGAGGAGUUGAACCUGUUGAUUUUGAACCUAAAUCUGGCUGGAUUGCAGAGUCUGAGGAAAAUGGUAAGAAAUUUGAGGAUGUUGAUCUAACAGAGAAAGAAUGGGCUGAUUAUGAUGAGAAAAACCAGACAUCAGUAGGAAUUUAUGAAUUAGAAUGGCAGUUUGUUAAAGUUAAGUAACUCCAAUAGAGAACAGUUUGAGGAGAAUGCAUUUAAUCUAUGAGGUAUUUAUAUUUUGAAAUAUAUUUUAUACAAUAUGUA